AUGCAGUUACCUCCCUUAUCAACCGGAAGUAAAUAUGUUCUGUUGUAAACAGGUUGAAUUUGUAACUGAUAAACAACGAUUUAUGCUGUGACAGUGUUGUAGAAUGAGUAUUUGCUUCAGUUCACAGACUGAUAAUGUCCAGCCUCCUUGAUUCCAUUACCGGAAACAAUGUCCAGUUACUGAGAGCAAUUCUUCUAGAACAUCAAUACAGCCAAGCAGAUUUAAAAGAUGGUUUAUUUUUCGCUUGUGGUAGCGGUAACAUCGACUGCGCUGUUGCUAUUUUAGAGACUGGAAUAUCACCAAAUGUCCACAACAACGAGGAAUAUACACCUUUAACUCUAGCAUCCAGAGGGGGACACAGUACAACUGUCGAUCUCCUCAUUAGAUGGAAUGCUGAUGUCAAUCUUGCAGGUGGUUCCAUAGGAAAUAGUCCGUUACAUUAUGCUUCAAAUGAUGGUUAUUUGGAAAUAUGCCGUCUACUAAUAGAUUCAAAGUGUGACAUAAACAUGUGUAACUCACGUGCAGAUACACCGCUAAUUUUAGGCUCAACAAAUGGUCAUUUGGGAAUAGUUGAGUACUUACUCGAGAAAAACGCAUCUGUUAGGCGUCGAGGUUACCAUGAAAGAACUGCACUUCAUUGUGCAACUGAAAAUGGUCACUUGGAAGUUUGCCGUCUUCUUAUAAAUGCAAAUGCUGAUCUCGAGGAAGAAGAUACAUUCGGAAACACACCUUUAAUAUGUGCAGCUGAAAAGGGGUUUGUGGAAGUUUUAAGGCUGCUUCUCCGUCACAACUGCGAUGUUAAUCGAAUGAGUCAUAGUGCUGCAACUGCCCUACAUUUUGCAGCACAACAUGGUGACGUUGAGGUCUGUAGUCUUUUACUAGAUGGAGGAGCAGAAAUAGAUGCUCAAGAUAUACGUAAAUUUACACCAUUGAUGAUGGCAUCCCUGAAUGGUCAUGACGAAAUAAUAAAUCUUUUGGUUAAUAGAAAAUGUAAUGUAAAUAUGGCUGCCUACAACAAGAGAACAGCCCUCCAUCUAGCAGCAGAAAGAGGCAACCUUCAGUGUUGUAAAGUAUUACUGAAGGCCGGGGCAAACAUAGAUGCCCAAGACUCACUAGGCUGCACACCGAUCUAUAAUGCCGCCAUUAAAGGCCAGGCCAGUAUUGUCCGCUUCUUCAUAUCAAAUGGUGCUGAUUUGGUUGUCCGACCGAAAAACGGAAAUUCUCUUCUUCAUUUCGCAGCUUCAGGGGGUAGCAUGGAAUGCUGCCAGGAACUGAUUGAUACUGGAUUUGAUGUUAAUGCUCAAAAUCGAGAUGGCAUAACGCCAUUGAUAUCAGCCGUCAACGGCAAGCAGAUAAAGGCGGCACGAUUUUUACUUGAUGCUGGUUCAGAUACGAACUUUAAAGGUUUACACGGAAUGACGGCACUCAAUGAAGCUGUGUUUUACAACUGUCCACAGCUUGUUGCCUUGCUUCUUGAACGUGGUGCUGAUCCAGACAUUGAAGAUGAUGCCGGAACAUUGCCGCUUUGGUUUGCUGUGGACGGCUUUAGUAUUGAAUCUGUUAAAUUGUUGUUGAAUGCAAACUGUAGGUACAAUGUUCACUCAACACUGAGUAGCUACUGUGGGCCAUGUAAUCCUAUUGAACAUGCAGUCCACAAAAAGAAAAGACAGGUUCUUCGUUAUUUAGUCGCUGCUUACUGUGUAGAAACUUUAAACAUUUUGAGAAAUCACCUACCUGUCAUAGAGAAAAUGACCGCGUUAGAACCGGACAUGGUCGAUUAUACAAGAAACCUUGCUGCAGUUCCUCGUCCAUUGACAGAGUACUGCCGAAAUCGUAUACGAAGUUGUUUAGGAAGGCAGACCAAUCUUCCAAAAAUAGUAGACAAGCUCAAUCUACCGACAUCAAUCAAAACUUUCAUUCUAUUUGGGGAACUGGAUACUGAGUAGCUAGACUAGUCAACACUUUUCUUAGACGCGUUAGUAUAUGUAUGUAUGCAUGUGUAAACUUAAACAUGCAGUAUACUUGAAAAAAAACUUGACUUUUACAUGAUUUAUAAAAAGUUUUCAGCUUGCUUAUCCAAACUGUGCAUUUUUAAGAUCUUUCUUUGCUCGUUUCUUAUCGCAAUAACUCGUUAUAACAUGUGCUUUUAUGACUGACCGUCAUGCAUUUAAUUUUUAUAAAAGAAACACAACUCGGGAAAAUACCUUUUCGACAUGAAGCGAUCGAUCGCAGCUGGACGAACUUGGUUUGCGUUCUUCCAAUAUACUUUGUAUUAUAAAGAAAUAAGCAAACAUUUAAAAGAAUAUAUAGUCGGACAAAAUACACACUUGCAAAUUAAAAGCUCCCCUACAUCAGUGAACAUCAUCAUCGGUGUCAUUAGUCUUAAACUGCUCAAAUUACAAAAAGCUCAAUCGUCAAAAAGAUAGCAGUUUAGCGUACCAAAAGGCUAGCAUAUAUCUUACAAUAAUAUAAGUACCUAUUAAACGACUGAAUAUAUACGAAGCUGUGUGCUUAAGAUAAGGAUGGGUUAAAAUAUGUAAGUAUUUAAAAUUCUCUUUUAUUCCAGUGGCAGCUAGUAGGUCAAAAGUAUGUCACUUAGGACAAAAUAAACAUAUUUUUACAAUUAUAUACACCAAUUAUCGGGUUUUUUUUUAGACAUCUUUGGCGACUAUAUAUACUACCAUUGUAUUUUUUUUAUUUUAUUUAAGUUACUGUGACUAUGUUGCUUGGUUGGCAACAUCAUUGAAUAACAAUUUUUCAAAUCUGAUAAACUAAUUUGGGAUAGUUGUUGCCAAUUUGAGAGAAGCGCUCUUAUUGAUUAUUUUGGAUGGAGCUAGAUAAAAUUCCGUUUUAUCACAGUUCUACACUAUUUUCUAAAAGAGAACUAAAAUUUCUUACAUUUGCAGUAUCAGUGUAUCAUAUACUUGCAUAAAUGGGACCAAUAAAUGAUAGACAAGUCCCGUAUCGAUCAUAUAGCAAAUUUCUAAUUUUUAUAUUCGAACUAUCACAAUUCCACAUUUAAGCAGUGUUGCGUUCUAUAUCGUAGCGGCUAUGUAGUGCUACGUAUAUUUUUGUCAACUGAACGAGAAGCUAGCCUAGCAGCUAUCAAUAUCUAUGUAGCAGCUAGGCUAGCUACACGUUCAAUAGACAUAAACCUACGUAGCCCUAUGUAGCCUUAUCGCAACCCUGGUCGUCGUUAAUUGGAGAAAUAAACUGUUAUUGUUUAGGAAUAAAAAAGGGAGCUGUGGGAACAGUAUACUGAUAUUUUCCUUCAUACUUCAGAGAUGUUUUUAAUAUUUCAAUGUUGUGACUUAAAAAUAUAUUGAGGUUAAAAGUUUAACAGAUUUUUCUCACAAAAAAACUUUUAAGAACAGGGGCACCUGUCCAACUUCAUAUUGCAUGUUUUUCUAAUAUAUUUGAAUUUUCAAUGUUUUAAUCAUAAACAGCUGUUGUUACAAAUGUGGCUUUACCAUACUAGCAUGUACCAAUUUUUAGAUGUCUGCAAAUAUUAUUGUUACUGAUAUAUUUACUUUGUUAAGCUUUUUUGCAGUUUAUAACCUUUUGAAAUUUUAAAUUGAACAUAUCUUUUAAUGCUGUACGUGUUAUAUGAUAAUCAAAUAAAGGUGAUGAAAUGUU